GUUAUUACAACCAAAAUUUUCUGGGGGGGAAAGGCCGAAACCGAGCGAGGUUUAUCCAGAAAACAUAUCAUUGAAGGUUUAAAAGCUUCUCUAGAAAGACUUCAGCUAGAAUAUGUGGAUGUUGUGUUUGCUAACCGGCCCGAUCCCAACACGCCCAUGGAAGAAACCGUCCGAGCCAUGACGCAUGUCAUUAACCAAGGAAUGGCAAUGUACUGGGGUACCUCACGCUGGAGCUCUAUGGAAAUAAUGGAAGCAUACUCAGUAGCGCGGCAGUUUAAUCUGAUUCCUCCCAUCUGUGAACAAGCCGAA